AUGUCCGACUCAACCCUUUACCUGUUCACCUCCCUGACCGCGGGGUCCUCCCACAUCGUCACCGCCACCGCGCGCCUGGAGACUAUCCUCAAGGCCAACAAGCUCCCUUUCAAGGCCCUUGACGUCGCUACCGAUGAAGCUGCCCGCAAGCUCUGGGGCCGCCGUGCCAAGGGCAAGAAGCUACCGGGCCUAGUGAAAUACGGCACCGUCGUCGGUGAUCUGGAGCAGAUCGAAGAAUGGAACGAGUUUGGUGAACUGCGGAUGGAGGUCAACAACGUCCAGGAUCUGGACGGCGUGCCUGCCACUGCCCCCGCCCCGGUCGAUACUCAAGCCGCGAACAACCAGACUGAGAGCGAGCCUGCAACCCCGAAGCCAUCCACUAUCAAGAUUCAAAGUCCGCCCGCGAAUAAAACGGCAGAGAAGAAAGAUGAGCAGGCUGUGCUGGCCCUUCGGCAGGCCAGCUCGGAGGCCGCAGCCAAGGCAAAGAACAAGUCCGAGGAGACGAAGAAGGAGGUAUCUAGCGCUGAGCCCACCACGAAGGUAGACACGGAGGAGGCUGAAAGCAAGCCCCUUCCCGUGCACCGCAGGUCCGUGGCUCCCGAGCUGCCGGACACGGCGCCCGGGUCUCCUAAAGUCGCGAAACGCCCACCUCUUGUGCCGGAGGUGGCGGCGCAGUCGUCGGCGAACUUCCAUGCCGACAAUGCUGAAGCUCUGGGCCUAGUCCAGCAUCAUCGGGGCUCCAUCAUUUCGGCCGGCGAUAAGGCGGAGCAGGAGAAGGCGGUCCAUGUGAUUCGGCAGUCUGUCUCAAAGGAUGAACCGGACAUGUCUUUGGAUGAGCUUCGCAAGGAGGCCGCGCAGAAGGCGGAUGAGGGGACGAUUGAGGAGACGAUCGAGGAACCGCAGCCCAGCGCUGAAGAGACCAAAGAUGAUACCCAGGAUGAGGAUAAGGGCGAGUCCAAGGAGGAACCUAAGGCGACUGAUCCGGCUCCGAAAGAGGACUCGCAGCCCGAUGAGGGCACCAAGGCUGCCGAGUGA